AAAAAAAAAAAAAAAUGUUCAGAACUUCUUAAACUACUUCAAAGAGUAAUGACAGCUUUGCAGAUCCUUGCCGUUCUAGCUGUCAGUUUGUUCAGAUACUCAGGUGACAUUUCACCCCACACUUCCUGUAGCACUUGCCAUAGAUGUGGCUGUCUUGUCGGGCACUUCUCACGCACCUUACAGUCUAGCUGAUCCCACAAAAGCUCAAUGGAAUUAAGAUCCAUAACACUCUUUUCCAAUUAUCUGUUGUUCAAUGUCUGUGUUUCUUUGCCCACUCUAGCCUUUUCUUUUCGUUUUUCUGUUUGAAAAGUGUCUUUUUCUUUGUAAUUCUUCCCAUAAGGCCUACACCCCUGAGUCUUCUCUUUACUGUUGAACAUGAAACUGGUGUUGAGCAUGUAGAAUUCAAUGAAGCUGUCAGCUGAGGACAUGUGAGGCAUCUAUUUCUCUUAUCCUCUUGUUUAGUUGUAAAUCUGGCCUUCCACAUCUCUUUCUGUCCUUGUUAGAGCCAGUUGUCCUUUGUCUUUGAAGACUGUAAUGUACACCUUUGUAUGAAAUCUAUAUAUAUGCUACACAGUUAUUAUGCAAUUAUUGUAUUUUGUUAUAAUACCAACAUUUGUAAUUAAUUGCUAGAAUUAUAGGCCUACUAUUUUUAUUUUAUUUUACAAACUAUUAUUAAAAAAGUACUUAUUUUAUUGUUUAUUGCUGCUAGCCAACACAGUAUCGUUCUUUUAUGGAAUUCUUUUUUUUAAAUGACAGUCAAGGUUGCAUUGUAUUCUGAACAGAAGAAACGAGAGAGUAUUACGAGUUUAGUUUUCCAUCAGUGGAGGUCGCCAGCUGUACUGAGGAGGGGGUUAUUAUCCACACCACCUUUAAGUGUGCCGUCGAUGGGUUUGACUAAAAGCACAGACGCCCACCUACAGUAUUCGCUCUCUCCGACUCACUUUCCACCGAGCGCUGCAAAAUGGCGGCCGCUUCAUCCAUCCAGCCGCCGAGCGUGCACGCGUUAAAGCGGGAAAAUUCACCUCACCCGGAGUCCGACAGCCCCGAGAGCCGUCACGAGGAGGACGCAGCAUCCGAGGGCAUCACCAUCCUCAGAGAUCUCCCGGAACUGGAUCCCGAGGAGAUCGAGAGACGGUUGGAGAAAACUCGCAGAGAGCUGAGCAACAGGAGAAAGAUCCUUAUUAAGAACCUGCCACCGGAUACAACUAACCAGGAGGUCCACGACAUUCUGCGCGAGUACGAGCUCAAAUACUGUUUUGUGGACCGGAACAAAGGAACAGCCUUCGUAACCCUUCUAAAUGGUGACCAGGCACAGGAUGCAAUUCGAACUCUGCACCAGAUGUCAGUCCGCGGCCGUGACAUCACCGUCCAGCUGCAACCCACAGACUCACUCCUGUGUGUCACCAACCUGCCCUACACAGUCACUGCCGCUCAGUUUCAGGAGCUGGUGCGUUCCUAUGGCAACAUUGAGCGCAGUUUCCUGGUGUACAGUGACCUUACCGGUCACUCCAAAGGUUAUGGCUUUGUGGAGUACAUGAAGAAGGACUCGGCGUCCAGGGCACGCUCAGAACUCUUGGGGAAACCACUGGGCGACCGAGCGCUCAUGGUGCAAUGGGCUGAUGUCAACCAGCUAACCUCUGCUGACCACCUCCACUCCAAGUGCUUGUGUGUGGAUCGCCUGCCGCUAGACUUCGAAGACUCAGAGGAACUGGCUCACAUUUUUUCAGAGCACUACAAACCAGUCUUCUGUCAGCUGGCACAGGAUGAGGGCAGUCCAGUGCGGGGUUUUGCUGUGGUGGAGUAUGAGACGGCGGAACAAGCUGAAGCUGUUCUGCUGGAGAUGGACAGACAGCUGAUCCAGGGUCAGGAGAUACGCCUGUGUCUCUGUCCACCAGGAACGACUGGACGCAGCACCCUUGCUGCCCUCAUCGCUGCUCAAGGCGUGAUGUUGAGCAAUAAGAAAGGUUUGCUACCUGAACCCAAUCUGGCCCAGCUCCUCAACAGCAUGACCAAUCCAGCUGCUCUCCAUGUCCUUAUGAGACCCUACCUGACUGGCAAACGAGGAGGAAAGUUUGGUCGACCACACAAUCUCCCCUUCCUGCAUCCACCACUGACCACAGCACUACUACAGUUGGGAAAAGCGCAGCAGAAUGCAAUUCUAGGAAAUGGUCUUGUUCUCCAGAAUCUUCUCCACAUGCAGAUGGCCCAACAGCAGCUCUUACACAUCAAAGACAAGCAUGUCACUAAUGCGAGGGUCCCGGGUCUUUUAGGUGACCCCUCUCGGCUGCUUCUCCAGAAAGUUCUGGGUCUUCGAGCUCCAGCAGCGAUUCCUCUGGGGAAAGGCUUGCUGGGAGAUUCCCCCACAGAGUUGGGCCAGGACUCUUCUCCGGUCACAUCCCAGGGAGGAGGCUCUGGGACUGGAUUAGUGUCCCAUGUACCUGGGCGUUCACACAUAAGCUGUACCACCGAGCAGAAUGGAGUAACGGCAACAUCCACGGCUCUUGAGAAACAGCCCACACCUCCAGGAACCACAGGGGGAUCCAUAAGCGCUCAAGCCCAGCUGCAAAACUUCCACCCUGGGAUCAACACACAAAUUCUGGGUUCAUUGCUGGGGAGCACAAUGCACAAAGCUCCAGCCAACCACCACAGCACUAGUCCACAGACUAGUACUUCUGUUACAACUCAGUCCAGUUGUCAGACUUCUCUGUUAGGAGACCCUCCUAAAGAAGUUAAACUGCCUUCCAACCCAUAUCUAAACCUGGCUAGUGUGCUUCCCGGAGUGGUACUACAAGCACCCUGCAACAGUAAGCCUCAGACUGUGCAGACCCACAGUGGGACGUACAGCGCAGUCCUGCCCCCUGCCACUAACCAACCCAGUCAAUAUAGCACAGAGACCACACCUGCAGAAUACACUCACCAAUACACUCAACAAUACACACAGGAGGCCAUGCAGCAGUGGUACCAACAUUACCAAGCACAGACCUACGCCAACACUAGCCAAGAGACAGCUGCAGUUACUGAAUGCACAAAGGAGCAACCUCAGGUGGUGGUCACCUCAUCAUACGGAGACUACAAUUCCUACAUGCAUGCUGUCAGUCAGUACUAUUCUCAUACGCAGAUGAGCCAGGCAGCUGCUCAAGUCUACCAGCACCGAGAUGUCAGCAAGGAAGUAGAGGUGUUGAAGACACCCUUGAGUGCUCCUCUGAAUGGCAGUGCCCAGCCCCUGCUGCCCACCUACAGUGCCCUACCCAUCAUGCCAGGCUUCAUCACACCGACACACACUCCAAGCCCUGUCACACAUGCACACUCCACACCCACCGACUGGAACCAGUACUAUUAUAGUCAGGCUCGAGGGCAAAAGCGAGAAUACUCCACACUUCCUACACAGGAAGUGACAUCAGAUGGGGCAUAUGUAGGCCAGCACUCACAGGGUCUUGGGGGCCAGUACGCCGACUACUACAAAAAGAAGAGGAUCUAGUUUGCACACACGCAUACACUUACUCUUCUCUGUACUAUGUUGCUGUCGUCAUGUCCAGGCCUUAACUCUUAGUCGUGUAUUACUGAUAUUUAUAAAGAGAUUGUAAAUUUUAUUGUGCGUUAGGAGGUUUGUGCCUCCUCUUUGAACCUUAUAUGUGGUCAGGGGACUGUUUUUAUCUCUGUAUAAAACCAGGCAGGACCUCUGAAGAUGGCAGACUCUGUCCUGUAUGAUACAACGGUACAAUGCUUUACGGUAAUUGAUAUUUUGCUUUUUGUGUUCUGCCUUUUUUAGAGGAUUGCCUGUUCACCUCUCUCGCAGGCGGGGGUGCCAUUCUACUCUGGGGGGGUGGGGGUUUGUGUGUCUGUGUUUUCUUUUAAAAUGGUUAAGGGCUGACAAAGAUAGAACUACACUCAGACUACGAUUUUCAAAUCAUUUUUCCUGACAGGGUAGGGCCAUAGCUGAUGUAUGUUGUAUAUUCUGUGAAAUUAGUGUAUUUUUUACUGUGCACAGACAUUAUGAAAAUAUUAAUAUUACGUCUUGCGUUAUGUGUCAUAUUAUCUUAAUUAUUGAUUCUGGGAAGAGGUCAGCUUUCCAGAACAUGCAGGAAACCUAUAUACUCGUGCGUAUAUACAUGGUAAGCAGCGUUAGGCAUUGUUCAUAUCUUUGAUGAUUAAUCUUUAAUGUUUCUCUGUGCAUACCGCUGUGUCUGUAGGAAAGAUCAGCCAUUCUGAAUACUGCAGGAGCCAUAAAACACAGGGCACUCAGAGAAGAUAUGGCUAAGGCAAUAACCUCUACCUACUCUGGAGAAACUAUGAUACAAGGUCACUUUUCUCCCUCUUUGUCAGUGGGGUGACCUUCCCAAAACAUUCAGAGCUACAAUGCUGCCGAUGUUUUCUUUUUAACAACAGUAAGAGUAAUAAUACAUAAUAUUCCGUUGCUGGAAGUGUGUCAGGGAGGUUAGAAUGGUUAUGUAUUGGGUUAGACAACUGGCAAACUGCCCUGAUACAAACACCCACAUGGUAAUAAUCUAACAUAAUGCCUUUAAAUGGGUAUUAGUGCUUCAUUAUUCUGACGUUUAAUCUUUUUUUUUUUUUUAAUCUUUAAUGGAGGGGGUUUGUAUUUUUUGUCAUACUGCAAAAAAAAAUUUUUUUUAAUAAUUCUCUUUUCAAUUUAAAAUAUCCAAACAUGCUUAAAACAAAGUAAAAAUUUAUGAGACGCAAAACUGCGUAUGAUUUAAAGACUUGAAUGUGUGUUUUAUCUUGUUCUUUUGGCUGGUUGUUUUCCAAUUCCUCACCCUUAUUACACCAAAAUCAUGUUAAAGGAAUAUUCCGGAUUCAAUACAAGUUAAGCUCAAUCGACAGCAUUUGUGGCAUAAUAUUGAUCACCACAAAAAUGUAUUUCGACUCGUCGCUCCUUUUCUUUAAAAAAAAAAAAAGCAAAAAUCGAGGUUACAGCAAGACACUUACAAUGGAAGUAAAUGGGGACAAUUUUUUAAAGUUAAAACACUUACUGUUUCAAAAGUAUUGACACAAGACAUAAAGGAUAUGCCUGUAAAAAUGAUUUGAGUGCGAUAACAUCACUUACUAAACUUUUCUGUGUAAAGUUAUAACCAAUUUUACAACUUCGUUACCAUGAUGAUGUAAUGUCAACAAACCCUAAAAUCCUAAAACAACUUUACAGCUCAAAUAAUACACAAGGUUUAACAGAAGAAUUCAAGUUUUUUUAUAAAAUUAUAAGCUUCACAUUUCCAUGUUUAAACUCUCCAAAAAUCGGCCACAUUCACUUUCAUUGCAAGUGUCUCACUGAAACCUCGAUUUUUGCUUUAUUUUAAAGAAAAGGAGGGAGGGGUUAAAAUAAUUUUUUGUACUAAUAUAUAUAUAUAAAUGAGGGAUGAGUCACAAAUUUUAUGGUAAUCAACAUUAUGCCACAAAUGCUGUCCAUUGAGCUUAACUUGUAUUGAACCCGGAACAUUUUAAGUUAACAAUGGGAUUUUGUUUUGCUGUGUAUUGUAUUGCUUACUGGUUGGAUGCAGUCUUGCCAGCUGAAUGUCUUUAAAGGAGCUGUUGUUUUUCUUUGCCACUGGAUAUGGUAGCAUGUGCAGGCUUUCGCCUGGCAUGCUCAUCCAUUUCUGAUUAAGGCUUUGUGCCUUCUUUUUUCCACUCUUUUGAAGUGAUUGUCUCUGUUCUGCACUCUCUCAAAAGCCUUUCUCUCGCCACAACAGGCUGGCAAUACAUUUGAAGAGGAGACUCUGUUAUUGCGUUCUAUUUACAUCGCUUUAUUGUGUUAUUGAUUACGACUAGUAUAUAAGAAAAUCCCAAAUUUAUAUUGGUACCUGAAGCUCUGAGUCCGUUUGACCACAAAUCAGCACCAUUCAUAAGCACAGAGGCCUUUUGUUGUGUGUUGGGAAUACUAGAAAUGCUAAUAAUUUAAAUGUAAAAAGUAAGCUUUUGGAUGUCUGUUUUAAAAGUGCUCCAAGCAAAAAAUGUCCUACUCCCUUAAAGAUAUUAAUGAAAUAAGUGUCCUGAGAUAUCUCACCGGUCUCUGUGACAGCUGUAGACUUUGUAACAGCAAACAAAAAUGUGUCCGCGAACCGCGUACAUUGACGCUUUUCACCUGUCAAACAUUUUGCUCAUUCUCAUUCGAAGUGGAUAAUUGAGGCUAUGAUUCAUAAAGUUUGUCAGUUGAGGGCGCUAUUGUGCCACUGUCGAAUUUGACAACCGCAGGAACAAACUAUGCAGCUCUUUUGCUCGGUUUUGGUCUCAAAAUUAUCUUUGGAGGGUGGGGUUUUGGAAUGAGGGGGAGUGGCUAAUUCAACAGCUCAGUCACGUAAAAGCUUCAGAAUGCUAAAGUCGCUUACAGCACCUUUAAGUUUGUUUUGUCUAGUAUUGGUAAUUUCUGUUAGUUGCUCAAAAAUUUGACUUUACAGGGAUUAUAAAGUGCAUAUACUUCUGGUCACAUUCCCAUAAGACCUAUUCAUGUUUCUCCAGUUUAAAAAAAAAAAAAAAAAAAAAGAGCUUAACCCAGUUUAAGCCUAGUCAGGCUGGUUUGUUGGCUGGUUUUAGAGAGGUUUUGAAUACUUUUUUGGCCAGGCUGGGAGACUAGCUUAAACCAGCUAAGACCAGCAAACCAACAUAGCCUGGUUUAUUCUGUUUUCAGCAGGAGUAUCACUGCUCCAAAGUGAAGGAAAAUCUGAAAAGAUUUGAAUUUUUCCAGUUAUUUCCAUAUGAAGCUUAAUAACGAAUGUAGAUAAGAUCUUGAUUUGUCUCCUGUUACUGUCAAAUGGUGAAGGAUGAGAUAUUGUGCCUACUUACAUUUCUAUUGACCCUGGUGUUUCUUGAUGGUCAACAACACACCGACGUUUCCCUUGUAUUUUAAGUCAAGACUGUACGCAUCUUUCAGAUUCUGCAAAUUGCGAGGUCAAUGUGUGAACUUUUCAUCUCUGAAUACCAUGGAUGUGUGUGUGUGUGUGCAACUGUAUGUCAAAGCUUUGCAAUACUUAAGUGUCUCUUGAUGUAGAAGGUACAGUCACCUGUUCAAACAUGCAGGGGUAUCAACACUAGUUUGCUUUGAAUACACAUUGCAGCCUGUUUUUUUUUUUUUUGAUUUUUUUAAGUUGUAGUUUUUUUCCACCUUAAAUUCAGGUUUUGCAAUAUUUUAUAUCCAAACUCUAUUGAUAGUGCUUUACUGCGAAUACGCUAUUUUUAGUAAACAGUGGAAUUUAAGCAUGCAAAUACUGCUGCAAUACAAGAAAAACAAAAAAUUGUCCUCCUUUUUCAGUAGAUGUUUCAGAGAGCUUAAUGCUUUUGGGUAUUUGACAACAACAACAAAAAAAGAUUAUUAAUUGUAUUUAUUUUAUGUGUAUUUAUGUACAUUUAUCCCUGUUGGAUACAAUUUUGUUUGAAUUUUGUUUUUGAGAAAAAUUGUUUGGGGUUUUAAUUUUGAGCAGACAGAUUAUUUUGCAUUCCACAUUAAAAGACAGGAGAAUUCUGGUUA